UGCGAACUUCUUUCUUGAAGGACUGCGAGUUGGUACUUACUACUUAGUGCCACGUCACAUCAUUUUCACCUAGCCCGGUUAUGGUUUGCUGCAGUUGAUUUCUCGAAUAAUAUGCCAAAACGAGUUCUUACGCGGUCGCCGUGCAUGCAUUUAAACCGAUCCACGAGUCACAGCCCAUCCAUACAGGUCCUACCACCAUGAACGAGAGCCUUAUCUCAGAGUACAAAGACAUCAUCACCUCCAGAGGGUUGACUUACCACUACCUGUCCUUGACAGCUGUGGGUGACAAGCCCACUCUACUCUUCGUUCACGGGUUUCCCUCGACCUCAUAUGAUUGGUAUCAUCAGAUUAACUACUUCUCUGAGAGGGGAUUCGGAGUAGUAGCACCUGACAUGCUCGGAUACGGUGGCACGUCCAAACCCACUGAUGCGUCCUCCUUUCUACGCACCGCGAUCGCGCAAGACUUGCUCGAUAUUCUUGAUGCCGAGAAAGUCCAAAAAGUCGUAGCCAUCGGACAUGACUGGGGUUCACCCGUGAUCUCUGUCCUGUCAAUGAAACACUCCGACCGGUUCUUGGGUUUUGCAUGGGCUACCGUCCCAUACGAUGUCCCAGCUGGCCCUUUCCCUGGGAUCGAUGUUGUUUUGGAACUGCAGACCAAGACAUAUGGUCGGCCGCUUCUGGGGUACUGGAAGUUUUUUGAGCAAGAAAGUGCUCCCCUGAUUAUCGAGAAGAAUCUGGAAUCCUUCAUUUCCUUGGCUUAUCCGGAUGACCCAGAUGAUUGGCUGACUCUGAUAAAUGUGCCCGGAGCGUCACAGGCCUUCGUCGAAAGUGGAAAGACGACAAAGAUAGGUAGUUAUUUCACAGACGAGCACCACUCACAUUCGUUGGAAUCGCUGAGGAAAGGUGGCUUAAUGAGCCCCCUGAACUGGUACCAUAGCGUGCUCAAGGGCGUCAAUGACCACAUUAUGGAUGAAAUACCAGAAGAAAAUCAGUUUAUCAGGAAACCCGCGUUCUUCGCGAAAUAUGCUAAGGGUGGUCUCAACAUUGUGGAGUUCCAAGGAGGACACUGGGUUCAGUUGGAGGAACCGGACACGUUCAACAAAGAGCUUGAAGGUUGGAUUCGCGAUACGUUACAACAAAGUUGUUAAGGAAUGUCGGCGGGUGCCUGCCCACGAAGAC